GGGGUUGGGGUGGGUAGGUGAAAUAGCUGAAGGGGAUAAGGAAGUACAAAAUCUCAAUUAUAAUAUAAAUUAUUCGUGGGGAUGAAAGAACAGCAUAGAGAAUGUAGGCAAUAAUUCUGUAAUACCAUUCUAUGUCAACAGAUAGCAACUACAGUAGUUGGGGUUGAGCAUUUAAUAAGGUACAUAAUUGUCGAACCACUACGCUGUAUACUUGCAACCAGUAGAAUAUUGUAUUAUCAAGUAUAUUUAAAUUAAAAAAAUACUGGAGGUACUUCAUAAUCUAGUCAAUCACCGUAAACAGUUUUCUUGCUAGAUAUUUCACUCUACAUUUAUACCAAUUCCCAACUCACUGAUGACAGGCAGAUUGGAGGAUCAUCAGCAUCAUUAAUAAGAGCAUUAGGCAUCACAGGCCAAAUCCAUUACAGUGAAACUGGGCCACCACACUUAAAUGCAAGCCAAGCAGGCACGCCUGGGCUGUUGGAUAUGGUCAUCUGUGCAUUUUUCUCAGGGGAGUCCAUUGCAGUGACUUCAGGUUUAACCUUAUCACGUUUAACUGUUAUUCCUGCCCAGAGACCUCCACGUGCUGGAGAAUCUAAAGUAAACUGGGGGAAUGUCCUCAUUGUGCUGUGAGAUUGGACAUGAAAUUUACCAUGGCGUAACCAAUGUUGGAAGAUGCAUUGUAUAGGGAGAACCCAGGAAUGGGUUGGGUUUUCCAGAUUUCAAUAUAAAUUACUUCAUGCUCCAGGCUUUGCAUCUUUUGGCUGAGCAGUGCUAAUCUGUUUUGGCCCCACCUCUUACUCAUUCUAAUCUCUGCAUCAGGAGGGCGAAAAAUUUAACUCUGUGACGAAUUCUCCUGAGGACCUUGCUCAAGACGAUUCUGGAUAUGGAAGGAAAAGGGGAAAGAAAAAUACAUCGUUUUUAAUAGGGAUUGCUAGCACUAUGGUGGUUUAAUGCUGACGCAGAGUGAAUUCUCAGGAAUUUUCGCUCAUCUAUCAAUCCGGCCAGCCAGCCAGCCAGUAAACAAUUUUUAACACAUGAAAAGUACUAAGCACCAUGCUUAGCAUAGGGAAGGACUGGGGUGUGUGUUUAUUUGGGCACAUAAAGUAAGGUACGGAUUUAAAUUGCACUUAGCAGAUAGAUACCUAGGUAUUCCAACACCAUCUUACCUAAUAAACUGGGAAGAACUCUUUGAUAUCCUAUUCCUAUUAACUGCGGGACUUACUUGUGCAUGCCAGACUCUGCCUCUGGGCUUUCUGUUCUGUUCUAGAGAACCAGUACCAGAAUAUUCAAAUCACUCUGGCGUUCAACACGUUUUAAUAUCUGAUAGGGCCAGUUUCUGCGCAUUGCACUUUUUUUUUUUUCCUUUCAGGAACGCGUUCGGGCCGCGGCAGGGGGCGGGGUUGCGCCUCCGUCGCGGCUCUGGUUCCAGCGGAGCCUCACGGAUGCGGAGAUGGAAAGCCCAAGGCUGUUCCCGGCUCGUGGGGCACGACAGGGCGGCGGCCGGGACCACGGAGGCCCUGACCCGCAGGCUGGCCAGGCCCCCACACGCCGCCUCCUGCUGCUCCGGGGACCCCAAGAUGGCGGGCCCGGGCGGCGGUGCCAGGAGGCCCGCGCGGCCUCACGGGGCCCGGGCCCGAGCCCUUUGGCGCCAAGGCCUGAUCACACGGGCGGCGGCGGCAGCGGCGGCGGCGGCGGCAGCGGCGGCGGCGUCGGCGGCGCCGGUGACGACGACGACGACGACGACGACUUCUUCCUGGUACUGUUGGACCCGGUGGGUGGCUACGUUGAGAUCAAGGACACUGGCCAGGCCGCGGGUCCUGUACGCAGGGAGGCGGCCGAGCCGGUCCCAUGGCUCCAGGCGGGCGAGAGUGGCGGGAACCCAGCGGGCCGCCCUGCUCGGGGCCCCCGCUGCCUGUCCGCGGUGCCUGCCCCAGCCCCGGCUCCGGCCCCGGCUGGAGCCUCGGUCCCUAUACCGAUUCCAGUCCCAUGCCUGGGCCCCGCUGCGGCCUUCGCAGGCACCAUCACCAUCCACAACGAAAACCUGCUCUUGCGCUUUGAGAACGGCGUCCUCACCCUGGCCACGCCCCCGCCGCCAGCCUGGGAGCCUGGGGUCGGGCCUGCCCUGCAGCCUGGGGGUCUGAUCGCCCCGCAAGCAGCGGUCCUGCACACCGCGCAGUCUGGCGACUGCCCCGAGCUGCCGCCCGACCUCCUGCUGGCCGAGUCGGCCGAACUCGCACCGGCCCCGGCACCGGAGGAGGAGGAGGCGGAGGGCCCGGCCGCCGCCGAGAGCCCCCGUGGGCUGCUGUGCCCGGGCCCAGGCGUGGUGCUGUACCUGUGUCCUGAGGCGCAGUGCGGACAAACCUUCGCCAAGAAGCACCAGCUGAAGGUGCACCUGCUGACACACAGCAGCAGCCAGGGCCAGCGGCCCUUCAAGUGCCCCUUGAGCGGCUGCGGCUGGACUUUCACCACCUCGUACAAGCUCAAGAGGCACCUGCAGUCGCACGACAAACUGCGGCCCUUUGGCUGCCCGGCAGAGGGCUGUGGCAAGAGCUUCACCACCGUGUAUAACCUCAAGGCGCACAUGAAGGGUCAUGAGCAGGAGAACUCGUUCAAGUGCGAGGUAUGCGAGGAGAGCUUCCCCACGCAGGCCAAACUCAGCGCCCACCAGCGCAGCCACUUCGAGCCUGAGAGGCCCUACCAAUGCGCGUUUUCUGGCUGCAAGAAGACGUUUAUCACAGUGAGCGCCCUGUUUUCCCAUAACCGCGCCCACUUCAGGGAACAGGAACUUUUUUCCUGCUCAUUUCCUGGCUGCAGCAAGCAGUACGACAAGGCCUGUAGGCUGAAAAUUCACCUGCGGAGCCACACUGGUGAGAGACCUUUCCUUUGUGACUUCGACGGCUGUGGCUGGAACUUCACCAGCAUGUCCAAACUCUUAAGGCACAAAAGGAAGCACGACGACGACCGGAGGUUCAUGUGCCCUGUGGAAGGCUGUGGGAAAUCUUUCACAAGGGCUGAACAUCUGAAAGGCCACAGCAUAACUCACCUGGGCACAAAACCUUUUGUGUGUCCCGUUGAAGGCUGCUGCGCCAGGUUCUCCGCUCGCAGUAGCCUCUACAUUCACUCCAAGAAACACUUGCAGGAUGUGGACACUUGGAAAAGCCGUUGCCCAGUCUCCACUUGUAAUAAACUCUUCACAUCCAAGCACAGCAUGAAGACCCACAUGGCCAAAAGACACAACUUCGGCCAGGAUCUCCUAGCUCAACUAGAAGCUGCAAAUUCUCUUACACCCAGCAGUGAACUCACUAGCCAGGCACAGAGUGAUUUCAGUGAUGCAGAGCUAGUGUCUCUCUUCUCUGAUGUGCCUGGCAAUAGUUCUGCGGUGCUGGAUACGGCACUGGUGAACUCUGGAAUCUUGACUAUUGAUGUGGCUUCUGUGAGUUCAACUCUGGCAGCGAAUCUCCCUGAUAACAAUAAUAAUUCCUUGGGGCAGGCUGUGGAUCCUCGGGCCCUGAUGGCCACCAGUGACCUUCCUCAAAGCCUGGAUACCUCUCUCUUUUUUGGAACGACAGCCUAUGGUUUUCAGCAGAGCGCCUCAGAUAUGGAUGAUGUCUCAAGUCUAAGUGUGGAGCCAGUGGGAUCCCUGGGCUCCUUGGCUAUGAAAAACUCUGGUCAAGAGACCCAAGCUUUGACCCCCAGCAGUAAGCUAACAGUGGACACAGAUGCUCUGACUCUUUCGAGCACACUUUGUGAAAACAGUGUCUCAGAACUACUGACGCCAACCAAAGCAGAAUGGAGUGUACAUCCUGAUACUGACUUCUUUGGACAGGAGGAAGAAACCCAGUUUGGAUUCUCCAAUCAAGCAGGAAACCAUGGUUCUCAGAAAGAAGCAGAUCUUAUCACAGGGACUGGCAGCUCAUUUUUGGUAUGAACUAACCCUAUUCAUUCCUCGCCGCACGGCUUACUCUUACUAAUUACACUCAAUGUUAAAGAUGUUCUGGACUAACUGUUUAAAUGCAGUCAUUUCUUUUAGGUUUUAAAAAAGAGCAGAGUCCUGGGCUACGAGUUUGGAGAUUUAAAUUCUGAUCUUGAGCCUGGAACUGACAAGUUGCGUGACCCCGAGCGAGCCACUUAACCUAAUUGAGCCUUAACUUCCUUGCUUAUAAAAUGGCGUGGUUUGUAUAGAUUGUUUUUAAAGUCCUUUCAGCUCUCUGAUCCUUGAUAAUACUGAAAAAAAAUUAGGUUUUUUUAAGUGAUGUUAUUUCAUGAGCUUAUUUUGCAAAGGUGCAUAAACAUAUACAUAAUUGCAUAAUGAAAUCCAUGUACUUGUUACCCAACUUCAACUAUUAUCAGUUUAUAAACACUUAUUUAUCUAAUCUCUACUCUCACCCUCUUCCAGUAUUAUUUUGGAAUACUAUGCAUCACAUCAUUUCAACCAUACUCAGUAUGUAGUUUUGUAAGUUAUGGGUUCUUUCAGAAGAAGCUACAUUUCAUUUUCAUACUUAAAGGUAACUGAUCCUUAACAACAAAAAAUAUCCACUCAGGGUUCCAACUUAAAAUUGUCUCCUAAAUGAUGCUUAUUUUAAUAUUUUUAAUAAGUAGGAUCCCAGUAAGUCUCUUAAGUGUCCUUUUACUCUGUUUAACUUUUGUCUCUUUCUUUCCUUUCAAUUUUAUUCAUUGAAGAAUUUAGGUUCUUUCACAUGUAGCAUUUGCUACAUUCUUAAGUUUUGGUUUUUAUAUCCCUAUGGUGUUAAAUUUCUCUACCUUGUGUUUCCUUAAUUUGGUAGUUUGAGCUAGAGACUUGAUCAAAUUAGAAAUACCAUUUUUGGAUCAGGAAUGUUUCAUAGGUUGUGUUGCAUUCUUUUUUCAGUGGCUCAUACUGUCUGUUUUUCUCUCUUUCUAAUAUUCACAGCUGCUGCUGAUCAAUGCAUUAAUUCAUGAUUACCAAUGCUUCUGAUAUCAUGAAUGGUUCUUGUAGAGUUUCUAUUAGUGAAGAUAGAAACUAGUUAAGAUAUUUAUACAAGUUUAAUAGAAGUAUUCAAUGCCAAAAAUAUUUCUUUAAUUAUGAUACACUAACAACAACAACAACAAAGAGAUAGCAAAAAAUGUGUUAGCUGUUCUCACUGUUUAUCUUCCUGACUUCUUGAUGAUGGGAGGCUUUGUUGUAGAAAUUGCCAGCCAGGAUUUUGACAUGAAUCAGGCCCAGGGUCAAAUUUGUGUUGGGUAAGUGGCCUUGAAUAAAUUAGCCUCACUAAGCUUCAGUUUCCUAUCUAUAGAAUGGUCAUAGCAAUGCAUACACAUAGCUAACACACCUUAGAUUUUUCUUCUUUUCCAGUUUUUAAUACGUAAGGGUAAAUAUUAGGUGCUUUGGCAUAUUUUCAUGAAUUUAUAUAAUCUUCUUAUCCUCUCAGUCCUUCCUGCUCUAAGGGAGAAAUUGGGAUAUUUCAAUCCUGUUUAUGUUCAGGCAAUAAUGUUAUGAGGUAUAGAGUGAAUGAAACAGGACAGGGAAUCUCUCUACUUCCUCCACUGAAUAAUUUCCACCCACCAGGAAUUACUGUGGGGAAAUGUCUGGAGUGGAGACAUGGCUCAUGGUUAUAGCUGUAUUCCUUUCUAUUAAAUCUGUUACCAUUUUUGCUCUGCUUCCAAAGUCAGACUUUGCUGUGAUUGUAGAGCCUGUUUUUGCAAUGAAACUCUGGUGAUGGAGCAGAGAAGGUUGCCUCCUCUCUGUGUUGUGGAGAUCUCAUUGUUUGCACUUUCCAGAGUUGGGAAGAAAGACUGAAUCUGAAUAUUAUGUAGCUGUCUUAUAUGAGUAUAGCAUUUUGAAUUUCGUGGAAUAUAUUCACAACUGAUACCUUAUUUGUUGUUCAAAACAUCCCUUUUGACAAAGUCUGUGCUAUGACUCAUAUGACAAUUUAGACAACUCACAUUCCAAAUGGGCUUUGGCUAAUGACUGACAGUUUGAUACAUAGCUGAAAACAAAGAAGAUAAAUUAUUUUCACCUCUCCAUUCCCACCCAGCUAACUUUCAUGAUUCAUUCUUGUGUCAUAACUAGCUGCUGUUUUCCACUUUGUUUUCUGUUUCUGUUUACUUUCUCCCCACUCUACUCUCCUGAAUGUGCAUUCCAGUCCUUGCCAUGCCUUUCUUUUUUAAUUUUUUAAUGGAUAAGAUAUCUUCCUGCCAUUAUCCCUUAGAUCUUCUCAGGGCUCAUUUUCUUACAAUGAUAACAUUUGUUGAGUGUACACUGCAGUUCUGUAAGUAUAGUAAAAAGUUAUUUUCUGAUCUCAAAUAAUACUGUGCAUAUAUGACUCAUGAUAUAAGAGGUUAUUUUCUAACCUGUUGAGAUGAGAAGCAGGUUUCUGUUUCAUUAUUUCCAUUUUGUAAGUUUUGGCAAGGAGUUCUGCUAACGAAUAUUCUCUUAUUUGCUUUAGUGUAAAAGUGCAGUAAUGUUUGCAUGUGAAUGUGGAUGACAGUUAUUGUAACACUCUGGUAGUGCACUAAAACUUGACAACUUUGAAAUGUUUCUGCUCUGUGUAUUGGGGGGUAUAUAAACACACAUACACACAUAUAUAUUUUUAAGUGAUUGUAUUCAUUUAGUGAAAAACAAAGUAGGCAUACUUUUAUAAACCAGAAAAAUGCUUAGAAUUUCAUUGUAUCCACUCAUUCAAUUGGCUUCUUUCUUUGCUUUGGAGAUAUUUGUAUUCAUAAAGUGCAUUUCAAAAGUAAUUGUCAUUCAUUAAGACCUCUUAAAUAGACCACACUUUUUUUCACAUGUGUCAAGGAUUGAAAUGAACAUACAAGUAGCAAACAUCAAAUAAAAUAUUUAAACAUGAAGAGAAUUUAAUACUGUGACUUCAUUUUUUUAAUUCCUUCAACCAACUUCCAAUAAAAAAAUAUAUAUCUUUUCCUACUCAUCACUGGAUUUUCAAGGAACAGAUGUUAUGUUUAUCAAAGAUAAAAGCUUUUAUUUGUU